UGCCCAUUGUGUGAAGCUUGCUACGAAGUUAGUUGAAAUCAUGGUAAAAUAAACGCUGGACAUCAGAGGAAAGCACCAUGUUUACUUUUAACUAACAAAUAUUGCUAAUACGGAAGUUAUGAACACCAGCAUGUCUGUUUCGACUCGAUUCGACUUCAUUAAAAACGUAUUCCAGUGAAAACAACAUGCCUGCUAACAGUAGCACAGAGCACCUUCUCGCCUUCCUCUUAAAAUAAGAGAAACAUCCUUCAAAUCGAAACGAUGUUGGGAUUUCUGACGGCUCGACAAGCUGGUUUGGAUGAUCCUCUGCGUCUGAGACGUGCUGAGUCAACAAGAAGGGUGCUCAGUCUGAAGUUGAAUCCUGACAGAGACGUGGACAGAAUCCAUGGAAAUGGCAUCAACACCAUUGAUAUUGAAGCAGUAGAAGGCAGAUACAUGUUGUCUGGCGGAGCGGACGGUGUGAUCGUAAUCUAUGACCUGGAGAACUUCGGCGGGAAGCAGCAGUACACCUGCAAGGCGGUUAGCACAGUAGGCAGGUCGAGUCGGCAUGUGCACAAAUUCAGUGUGGAGACGGUCCAGUGGUAUCCGUAUGACACGGGCAUGUUCAUCUCCAGUUCCUUUGACAAGACCAUGAAAGUGUGGGACACAGAAACGUUGAAGCCUGCUGAAGUCUUUGAGUUUGAGGGCAACGUCUACAACCACCACAUGUCCCCCAUCGCCAGGAAGCACAGUCUCAUUGCAGUUGGCACCAAAAACCCUAAAAUCCAGCUGUGUGACCUGAAGUCUGGUUCACGGAUUCAUGUUCUUCAAGGUCACAGGGCAGAGGUGCUGUCUGUGCGGUGGUCGCCCAGAUACGAGCACAUCUUAGCUUCUGCCAGUGCAGACAGCAAAGUGAAAGUGUGGGAUGUGCGUCGGGCUUCUGGUAGUCUCCUCACUCUGGACCAGCACAACGGAGACAAGUCGAAAGCCUCCUCUGAGGCAGUGAACACAGCUCAUAAUGGCAGAGUGAACGGCCUGUGCUUUAGUGGAGAUGGCCUCUAUCUUCUCACCACGGGGACUGAUGACAGGAUGCGACUAUGGAAUAGUGCCACUGGGGAAAACACACUGGUCAAUUAUGGGAAGGUCUGCAACGAGAGCCGUAAGAGGCUUCAGUUCACUGUGUCGCGCGGCUGCAGCCCCGAGUUCGUGUUUGUGCCGUGCGGCAGCUCGGUAGCCGUGUACGCCCUCCACACAGGACAGCUGGUCACCAUGCUGAGGGGUCACUACAACAACGUCGACUGCUGCGAGUUCCACCCAGACUACCAGGAGCUGUACAGCGGAGGGAAAGACUGUAACAUCCUGGCGUGGGUUCCUGUGCUUCGUGCCUCAGAUGUGGAAGAAGAGUCAGACAGUGCAAAUACGGGUGCGGCAGAACGGCCCUCGGCGAACCCUGCCUUUCAGGAUGCAUGGAGCAGCGAUGAAGAUUAAUGACGGUGUUUUUGCAUGUGUGGAUAAAAUUGACAUGCAGGUGUUUGAGCAUGCAAAUGACAACACAUGCUUCACUUUGUACUUUGUAAAACGACAGGUCGAGGACACCUGUAGGAAAGCUCUCCUGUUUCAUCCUGCAGACAGAGAUGACGGCCUUAAAAUUAAAUGUGUAAAUAAUUGUUUUAUGAAUAAUGUUUCUUUUUGUACUUUUGAUAUUAAAAUUUGAUUGUUGUUGUUUUGUUGUUUCAUUGAAUACAAUUCCAGCAUUGUCACGACUAUGAUAUCAAGUUUUAUGUUGCAACACUCUUCAUAAACUGUUUCAGAACAAUUUUGUAUUCUUUUAUAAUUCAUGGUAACCACAAGGGGUUUCUGCCAAAGGUUUUGAAAAUUCUGUCUGUGCGUUCAAUUCAUUGGAGUGUAGGUAGUUGCUGUUUUAAAAAAAUACUUUGCUUUACUUUUUAUGGUUGGACAGCCGGGUCAAAUGCUCAUAAACAUGGCACAGACGCAUGUUUUUUGGGCAGUCCUUUUAAGCAUCCUAACAAUGUCUGUUUAGUUCCCAUGUACAGGAAUGGAUAGUGUUCUUAGUCAUCAAACAUUCCAGAAAAAUAAACAUUAUCUUCUUUAAGAUUAUGAAGUUGGGGGAUGACAUGGAUUCAUAUACAGUUAGUCAAAUAAGGAAAGCAAGAAGACCAUAAGAUACAAGGGGAAUACAGACACAUUGUUAGCAGUGACACAUCUGUUAUAAUGCUGAUGCUCAGAACGUUUAAAAAUGUCCUUGAGGUUUUGGUUAAAGGGACAUUAAAGGAGUUUAGACAAAUAUGUGUAAGCGUAUUAAACAGUGGUUCUGCAGCUGAGUGGAGGAGAGAGUAACCAGGCUCUCAGAAACGCACAUUGUGUUGUUGUCAUUCUUUGCUAAGUAAACAUCUCUACUCUAAAUUAACAUCUCUUUAGAAAGCUCUGCUGUCAGUCCUGUCUGAAACUGCAGCGAGGAGUAAAACUGAAACCUUUCCCUCUGUCCAAGCCCAUCACAGUUUUACAUAAUGUUUUUGUUACCAUGGGAACUCCUGAACUGGGGCUUCAGAAGGCCCCUCAAAGUUCUUAUCAAUAACAAUAUCGUAUUGCACUAAGGAUGCUAGAAUGAGUAUGGACACUAUAAUAAUGCAGGAUAAUGUGUCUGUUCAUCUGAUCUUAUAAUGAACUAGUCAGCUCGCUGUUUCCCAUGUAACCUGAAGUGUCUUGUAUUGUUCUGAUCUUUUCUCUGACAAUAAAAAAGCUCAAGCUCACAUUUUCACUUA